UUUGAAUUAUUUUUAAUGAGCAGAAUCGUUUUAAUUUUGAGCCAAUAGGUGGCGGCAAUGAAUAGCUCAUGUUGUUGUCAUCCACCAAUCAGGAGGAGGAAGACGGCGAGGUGGCAAGAAAAGACGGAAGUGAACUUUUUGCCGUAUGCGGAGCAACUUUUCUGACCGUUUUCGUAUUUUCUCUGGUGUCAAGAGUGAGUGGGGGUUAACUGUUUCAUUCGCAUGUAUUUUUAACCUGCCUUCGCCGGCAAAGAGUCGACAGGGCGGCGGAGAUGGUCUCCACCGUCGCGAACGUUGACGUGAGACAGAAAGAUGCCGAGCAAGCACUGGUGGUGGCCAUCUCGUGCUCGGCCGUGCUGGAGGAUGCCGACGACAGCGAAGUGCACCGUCUGGGCGUGGCCUUUCCACUGCUGCAGGCACUGCAGAGUGUGAAUCGGCAUCUGGUGGAAGCAAAUUCUACCGAGUCGUUGCUUUUUGACGUGCUUCUCAUCACCACCGACGAGCGACAGCAGCGGCAGAGCGCUCGCAUCGUCAGCAGCACCAAACAUUACGGUCUGGAAGUGAGCCGUUUCUGCUUUUCGGAUCGGGAGGACUUUGUGGAGAGUUUACUUGAAAAUCAAGUGCAGCUGUUCCUGUCGACAGAGCCGGAGGAAGUGGCGUUGGUGUGGCAAAGAGGCGUCCUGUCGUCGCUGCUGGGCCAUCAAACUUGGUCCAGCCCGUCGAAGCAACUCAGAGUUUUGCUGUGCGGAGAUGAUGUCAUCGCCACAGCAGCCACCAAGUCCGCGCAGCGCUUCUGGUCACAGCUCGGCGCCAUGCGAAGGCGUUUCGGCGUCCUGGGCAGUCCCGUCAGCGUGGCGGUGAUGACGGCGCACGGCGGGCGUCGACGCUUCGGCGACGCCUUGGCGACGCUUCGCUCCUGUGGCCUGAACGCCGACGAGGCCCACUGCCUCGCCGGCGCCCCCCGCGGACCCAUCCUGGAACUGCUCAGGCCUCACGUCCUACUCGGCGGCAGCGGCUUGCGCUGACGUCGCACCGCCUUCGAAUGACGGCAGCGUUGCUUUUUGGACAGACAAGCGAGAAUGUUUCUGAAUGUGCUGAUGGCCGCUUG